CAAUGAAGAAAAACCUUAGUUCUUUUAUCUUAGAACGGGGUUGAAAAAAACACAUAUAAAGGCAGGCCUCUGUGAUAAAGUUGCUGCCUUGUCACGCCAAGUCAGCAAAAUGUGGACUCUUCUUAUUCUCUCACCUAUCCUGGGACUCGCCGUGUGUCGACCUCCCGCUGAUCAGCUUUUCGGAAACUUCUCCAGCGCUCCUCUCAGCCCUGAGGAUCGAGUCCGACUUGAGCAGCUGGCAAGGCCCAGGGCCGCUCUACCAGCAAAUUUCAAAAAACUUUACGUGUCCCAGACUGGGGCUACUGCCCGUAACACGAGACCCACAACUGGUCACUGGAUAGAAAUUGUUGGCAGCCCACUGUCUAGUGACCAGGCCCUCCUGCAGGUAGCAAGAGAGGUCAGCAAGAUGCUGGCUCACUCUCCCCCAUACAUCUUCAACAACAUCGCAGGACACGAUGGAGCCGGCGUGGGAAUCUUCACCUCCGAGAAACUCGUUAUCUUCCCAGAGUUCAGCAAUUUGGCCGACACUCCUGCGUGUAAGGGUCGCUGUGAUGGGAGCUGCGCUCAUACAUGUACAUUUGACGGCCGAAAGUUCGAGGACAUCGCCGGAGUGACCAGCACGCGGUCGGUUGUUCUUCAAGACAACGUCCUGUGCACGGCACGUGACCCCUACAACCAUCACGACAACAUCGUUGUGCACGAGUUCGCUCACGGUGUGGAGCGCUUUGGAUUAUCUGCCGCUGAAAAAAAUCAAUUGACAACAGCCUACAAUAAUGCCAAAGCUCACAGUCUGUGGACAACCAGUUCCUACGCCAUGGCUAAUCAAGCUGAGUACUUCGGUGAAGGAACUGGGGCCUUCUUCCUGGUGAACAUGCAGAGUACCACAGGGGGCAUGACACAGUGUCCCGGUCACACAUGCCGCACAGAAGCAGAAGUCCGCAACUUCAUCCACUCACACGACCCCCAGCUGUACAACCUUCUCAGUCAUGUGUACUUUAACGGUAACCCCUUGAGCCCGAGCGGGGUUACGAUCUGUCCAUAGAACAGAACUAAGGACACUCCCUACAGCGGCCUCCCAGAACGUCUUUGAGGACCAGCCAGCCAUCGCCAUUCACUGACUGCUCUUUGGGUCACUGUAGUUCGUUUGGAAAUAUGGGAUAUGUAUUGUGAUAAAUCUUUCAUGCCGCACUGAAGUGUAAUAAUUGUUCGAGAUUAAGAAACACAAAUAAUCUUUCUGUGCAGAAAACAGAAUUUAUGUUUGGUGUGUUCACAACUACAGGCAUUGUUUCACAAACGACGCUCAUCAAACCGAUUAAAAUUCAGCAAUUUCCAAAC